GGCCAGUGUUUGUGUCGCAGCAGACGGCACACACCGUGCUGCGUCGACAGCGCAGAUUCAACAGCGGCCAUCUUGAGGAGUUUCUCCAGAAAGAUAACCUGGAGCGUGAAUGUAAAGAGGAGGUUUGCACUAUGGAGGAGGCCAGGGAGGUGUUUGAGAACCAUGAAAAAACUAUGGAGUUUUGGGCGAUCUAUAUCGACGGCGACCAGUGCGACCCUCCGCCCUGCCUGAAUGGAGGUGUGUGCCAAGACGGGAUGAGCUCUUACUUGUGCUGGUGCAAACCCAACUUCAGAGGCAAAAACUGUGAAAUUGACAUUAACCAGUGUUCCAUCAACAAUGGUGGCUGCAUGCAUUUCUGUGUGAUGCAGGCACAGCGGGUUGUUUGUCACUGUGCAGCUGGUUACAAACUCGGUCUAGAUAAAACCAGCUGUGAACCAACCGGUAAGACAUUUA